AAAUACUGCAGUUUUUCGCCUUAGGUUUGACAGCAACCCACCUCAACAUGGAUACGAGAGCCCUGUCGCGCCCAAACUUAGAAAGUGCCUCCGUGCAAGUCUCUGAGAUAAACUUUGGUUUGAAUAUGCUUCGGCAAAGUCCUGCAACUGAAUCGAUGGUAGUAUCACCAGUUUCGGUCAUCUUCGCACUUGCCAUGGUUCAACUAGGUGCGAGAGGGCGUACAAAAAUGCAAAUCAAUCGGGUGAUCGCAGAUGGAGCUACCGACGAUGCCAUUGUAGGCUUCUAUUCGGAUCUUUUCAAGAACAUCAACGACUCACGUGGAGUACAGGCAAGAAUCGCUAAUGGUUUCUUCGUGAACAAGACAUUUCCGAUAAAAGAGGACUAUUCGAGCGUGAUCGCCAAGAAGUAUGGCGCUACGAUCAAGGCGUACGACUUCAGGCAGUCAGCAAAAACUGCUAGGUUGAUCGACAAUUUUGUGAGUGAUAAAACUGAUGGGAAAAUCAAAAACCUCAUUACCAGUUCUGCAGUAGAAGAUGCAGUCGCUCUCAUAAUAAAUGCGAUUUACUUCAAAGCCAAAUGGUAUUAUGAGUUUAGCAAACGAUCUACAACGAACGCUGUGUUUUAUCAUUCUGCAGCUGAUAAGGAAAAGAUAAAGUUUAUGAAGGAGUUUGCAAAAAAUCGCUUAUAUGCUGAGAAUGAUGUCGUUCAAGUUUUAUCGCUACCCUACAAAGACACAUCCUAUUCUUUCAAUAUAUUUUUGCCUAAGAAAAGAUUCGGGCUUGAGGAGCUUCGUUCAAAGUUGGAUGGAGGUAUGAUUCAAAGUCUGCUUUCACGGUUAGACUCCACACUUUUAACGAUAUCAAUUCCCAAAAUGAAACUGGAAAAAAGCUACAACCUGAAGAAGGCUCUGGAGGCUAUGGGUGUUACCGACCUCUUCGAUAGCGAAUCGGCCGAUUUGUCAGGGAUUUCAAAAGUCGGCCUGUACGCGUCUGACGCAAAGCAUAGAGCUUUUAUUGAGGCAGGUUCAUUUCUUAUGCUAUAA